AUGGGUCGGUUGGUGUUUGUCAUCGUCAGCCAUGUCACCGUUCUCCCCCUCCACGUUCAGAUCACCCUUUCGCACUUUGCCAUGAGUACCGUCGACCUCGGCCCGCAGGAAUGCUUUCCCCAGAAAAUGCUCCGGACCACGAUGGACAUCGACUGUCCCAGAUGGCUCGACUUUUUCCACGGCGGCUUGCAGUUCCAAGUGAUCCAUCAUCUCUUCCCCCGUGUCCCUCGACACAACCUCCGCCGUGCGCAAAAGUUGGUACAAGAGUUCUGCAAUGACGUGGGCAUCCCCUAUGCCCUGUACGGCUUCGUGGAAGGGAACGAAAAGGUCGUCGGUGCUCUCGGAGAAGUAUCAAGGCAGGCUGCCAUAUUUGCAAAGUGUCAGAGGGAAGUCGCGAGCUGCGGUUAUAAUCCUUCGGUACAUAACCACUGA